CGCAAGCACCGUCCUCCGACGCAACUUGCUGUCCUCUGUCUGAAAGUGGCUAGAAAUCAUAGUUCACCGAGGCCUUGUAUAGGGACGGCGGUCUCAUCAUGUCUACUCAACAUAGACAGCAGCCAUCUCGGCUGUUCAUACCACCCAUGCUGAACACCCGCCUAGCAAAUGGUGUAGAUACCCGAACAAUGUUUUCACCCGCUCUCCAAACCGCGCACCAGCCGGGAUUUCCUCCUCUACCUUCGGCGCACCCAUUUAAUCCUGGAUUUCCUCUGCAAACCCCGAUACAAGGGUCUUUUUUCCAUCCCGCGUCGAAUGCACCACCGCGACAGAUGGGUCACGGCCAUCGUGCGACUGGAAGUAUGGCUCAGAUUCCAUCUGUUGGCAUGCACCCGCCUGUACCGAUGACUCCGUUUGGGUCCCAGUUUCCACCUCAACUGCUGCAUGGCGGUGGUCCCAACCCUUCGGCGCAACCAUUUGUGCCGAAGAGCAGGCGAACACCGUCCAUGAUCGGUGGGCCACCGAAAGCCGCACUGGGAGGGCCAAACAGGAAAGUUAGCCCCCUCCCGCCUUCUUCGCAGGUCGCGACUAUCUUGGAAAAGGUGAAGGCAAAGAAGAUUCCGGUGAAGAUUCCUCUGGAAUCAGGAAGUGAUGGAGUAGGCACGGACGCGUCUAAGCCAUCAUUGUGGUCGAGACGACCCAUUGCAUCGUCUGAACUCCCGAUUCCAGCGGAUAUAGAACCUCCGGAAAUAUCUUCCGCGCCGUUGUAUCCGGAUGAAGAACAUACCAGGCAGCUACCACCCACAAUUGAUGUGUUUCUACCAAGCAAGUCUGCCUGGGCUGAAUUGAAGCAGCGGGAAAUCGAUGAAAAGUUGGAGAAACUUGGGAUAGAGCGGAGGUCUUUUGAAUAUGAACAUUCGGAAAAUGCAUAUGGUCCGCGUGGUCGUGCUAGUUCGAUAUCGUCUCCUGCUGAUCCUAACCUGCUCAUGCUGAAACUUAACAAACUGCAGCAGCAACAAAGUGGUUCAAACUCUUUAGCAACUUCUCCUCAACCUCAUUCGUCUAGCAUAUCUCCUAAUCCUAUGUUCGGCCAGCGGUUACAGGCGCAUGGACACAGCAUGUCACUUGCACCUGGCGUUGUCUACCCUCAACCAGCAUUAAAUGGAUUCGGCGCCAAGCAAAAUUUGGAUAAGCAAAGCACUACCUCUGACGAGGAUAGCGUCGCCAAAGCCUCGUCGCCGCUUAGUAUUUACGCACCGCAAGGCAGGGUCCCUGCCCAGCUCCAAGUUCCAUCGGCCCCUGCUCGUACCGAGAGCCGGCCGGACUUUAUUCGCGGAUUUGGGCUAGAUAUUCCUGAAGAAGAGGAAGAGGAGGAGGAAGAACUUCAGAGAACGGAAACAGAGCCUACCGCAGAGACUACUAUGGCUGAAUCGCCUAAAGUCCUCGAGGAUGACGCGCCUCCUUCGGUUCCAAUGCAGCUGAACAACGUGGAAAACAACGUGGUCGCUCCAAAAGAGGGCACCCACACGCGACACACGUCGAGAAUAUCUGUCGCACUUUCUCUGGGCUCAGUGUCCAAGAACAUGGAUGUAACGAUGGUGGAUCACAGUAGGCAUUCAAGCAUAGCUAUGCCAGGAGAGAACCACGGUGCAGAGCACAAUCAGGAGGUCUUACCUGAUCCGCUCAAUGAAUGGACGGGAUCGGAAUCAGUCUCUGACGACCAGGAGAGCAUUGGUGAAUGGUCCAACCCGUCCGAUGAGGAAAGAGCGCGUCAGGAACGCCUUCAGCGUCGAUAUCUGCGUCGCAUGCAACGUGAGGCUCAGGAAAUGCCACGCCGGUUACCGGAGUUCCCGAAGCCUCCUGAGGAUAAGUAUAAUAUCGACGAUGAAGAUAUUAUUUCGAACCCCAGUGAUGAGGGACGUCAUAUGACUUUCAUUGGCCAAAGUGCAGGAGCUCAACAAUUUGGACAAUCCAUCGCAGAUCAGAACGCGCGUGCAAGCCGUCCACUCCCUCCCGUGCCUCACUCCCGCGAUCCUUCAAAUCAGUAUUCUUAUUACGGUUCGCUUCCGUCGCAUUCGCGAGGCGCAUCGGAACACUUUGCAAGCGGACAGUUCAGUAUUCCAAUGAGCCAGACAGGGCCGAAUCAGCAUGCGAAGACACCCAGCCUAUCGUCAUCAAGGAAGGAACUUAAUCCUUUCGCAAAGCCAUUUAUGUUUGGUGGUAGCACUGGUUUCAUACCGUCUGCUGCCCCUCAGUCUGUUCCGGCGUCUGUGUCUGUUCGAAGCGAGGCCGCAACCUCGCCAGCUCAAGUCAGCGCCCCAACACAUUCUCGGGCUCCAUCCUUUGUUGCGUCGCGUGCGCUUAACGCGGCUGCAAAAGAAUUCAAGCCUGCUUCGUUCACCUUCCGUGCACCGGAGGGUGUUCCUGCAUUAUCCUUCCCAGAACCAGUACCCGAGACCUCUCGACCUCUUCCUGAACCUCCUACCAUCAGCAGAGCAGUCCAAGGACGAGAAAAGAGGCAGAGGACGGAUAUUUCUAACGUGUCAUAUGACAGUGAAGACUCGGAUAUCGAACAGGGGCACGAUUCUAUGGCUAGCUUCCGCUUCCCUGCUGCUCCUGAGCCUACCAUGGUGCAUGCUCGAUCAGAACCAACAUCGCCCUCAGCGGUAGUGAACCGUAACACAGGAGCUCUCAAUGCAUCUGCAAAGCCUUUCACUUUCUCCGGCUUCUCUACCUUGCCCCCGACCUUACCGCCUCUGCUCGGUCAAGAACAAAGGUCACUUACGGACGCCUUUAGUGCGGAUUUCUCGGUUAAUGCGACACGCGGGUCUGCGCUUGGCGAGGAUGACCGGACGCCAGAGAUGACAUUACCGAGUUUACAGAAACAGAAGAGAGCACCCAUUCCACUUGAUUUCAAGCACCCGGUGUCGACAAAUAUGGUACCUGCUGGAUUGUUCAAGAACUUAGGCACUGGAGAUGUAGAGAAUGGACGCGCAGUUCGUGGUCCGAGCGGCUCUCUUGAGAUAUCCGACUCUCGUAGUGAUAUCUCUUUGGAUGAUCUGGCCGUGCCUGCAAUCUCUCGCAACGCGACCAGACGCGUGGCUAAACCCGAGGACUUGGACGUAAGUGAGGACGAGUUCGAUGGUGCAUCGAAUGAUGAGGCUUCGCAUGAUGGUCGAACCUCGGAGGAGACGCAACCAAACAGUCCAGCAUCUCGAAGCUCCAUGAUGCCUGCCGAUGUUGCGAGUUAUAGUCAGGGCCUCCGUCUCGAGGACAGGCUUGAAACUCUUCUUGACCACAAGCUUGAAGUGCUUCGCAAUGACGUUGUUGCUCAGCUAAGAGGAGGUGGGAUCAUUAGCAGCUCUACAGACGAACUGGUCAGAGAAGCAAUGGCCAUGUUCCGUACACAGCUUCGUGAGUCGGCGGCGAAAGGUCUGAAUGACAGUUCAAUGGAUGCAGGCGGAGAGUUGGAUUUCGAGAUGAUAAGAGAAAUCGUUGAACAGGGUCACGAAGAUUCACGGAGACUCAUUCAAGAGGACCUUGCCACCAUCAUCAGGAACUUUAAGGACUCGGAAGGUUCUGUAGCACCUGAAUCGAUUGUCGACCUUAUCCGCAAUGUGCAGGAUCUGAGAACGAACGUGCUUAUAUCGAAUGCUGAAGUCGCCAAGCGACUGGGUGCUAUUGAAGCUGUAGCUCCUCAUUCGGGCGCUCCGUUAGAUAGGGAGGGUCUCAUUCUUGAUAUAAUCUCCGCUUUGACGCCCCAUCUUACUGCAAUCCGCUCGGAACCAGUCGAUUAUGAAGGCUUAACGUCUCAACUCUCCCAGGCGGUGAAGCCUCAUAUCUCUCAACUGAUUGACCUCGCCUCAGAUAAGCGUGAAACAGCUGGAUUAAUUGCGGACAAACUUAUGCCACUGAUCCAGACAAUUGGUUCGACACCAGUGGAAAUCGAUACGUCGAGCUUAGUCACUGAGGUCACCGCAACUGUCAGCAGGAUCAUUGCUCCUAUCGACACCCACUCUAUCAAAGAACAAGUUGCAGACCUGGUUGUCGAACGAUUGGAUUCACGCCUUGCAACUCGUGACAAUGACGUUACUGUUAACUUCAAUAACCUGAAGAAUAGAAUCACGGAGGCGAUUACCCCGCUACUUGGCCAAUUUGAAUCUCUUGCGGAUGGCGUUAAAGCUAUCGGGACUGAACAAAGUUUAUUGUCGAAGGCGAUUCAGGAGUCCGCAUCAAAGCAGGGCGAUAGCUUACUUGUAGCUUUGUCAGAAAAGUUGGGUAGUGUUGCAGAGGCUUUGGCUGCUAUUCAGUCGCUAGUGUCACAGGAGCGUGAAAUAUCGGACUCACGAUCUCAACAAUUGGACCGCAUUGAGUCGUCCAUCGGAACGAUUGGGACUUCCCCGGGAAGCCUAUCCAAAGAGGACAGAGAAGAAAUACUUUCUGGUAGCCGCGAGGUGCUCGCUCGUCUCAGCCCCAUUUCCGAAUCUAUUAUUUCUGCAUUGUCGUCCUAUGAGACUAAGCACGGCGAUCUUCUCUCGCGCCUUCAGUCCAUGGAUGAAGCAUCGCAGGACGUACGUAAAUUAACAACACAGAACGCAGAGCUCCAAUCCCAGGUCAACAAGGCAAGGUCUCAGCACGGCCUAUUGCGAGUCCAACACGACAACUUAGCCAGCAAAGUUACCUCAUUGGAAGCAGAGCGCGAUCAGCUUCGUGCAAAGAUUGAUGAAAUGCAUGCGGCUGCCUUGUCUCGUGCAUCUGAUUAUUCGGCGUUGGAGGCACGGAAUCACGAGCAAGAGCGUGCUAUGCAUGCGGCAUUGGAUAGACUGAAAGUAUCUGAUGUCAAUGCUCAGACUUAUCAGGAACGCAUAAGCGAGCUUGAAAAGGCUAAUCGGGAGCUUACACAAGAGGGUCAGCAGUUGAAGUUAUCGACUGCUCGCCUUGAAAUGCAAGCUGAAUUCGCUGCGCGAGACAAAGAGUCAACACUCCAGGCCCUCAAGAUGAUGCAAGAAGACCGAGAUCGCCUUGCAGGGCAACAAUCUCAUUGGGAGGAACUUCACCGUUCAGCAGCACAAAUUGAGACAUUGGCCAACCUCGUCCAUAAGUCAGAGUCGGAGGAGAUCGCAGAACUGAAACGUAUCAGAGAUCAGAGUAAGGUUCUUGAAGGCGAACACGCGUCGCUCAAGAAACGUUUCAAGGACCAGGAGAGCAAGAUCGCUAAUAUCGAACGUGCUUCCGCGAUUGCACGAGAGAAUCUCGCUCAAGCUCAACAGCGCUCAAGGGACUGGGAGACGAAGGCAAGAGAGUUUGAGGGUGAAGUCGAGCGUCUAACUACUGCACUUGACCAAGGAGAGCAGACUAAGAACCAGCUGGAGACUGAUUAUUCAAUGGCGAAGCUGCAGCUAGAAGAGAAGGAAGCUGAGAGUCGCAUUACUAAGGACCGUGAGAGGAAACUCGAAGAGCAAAUUGCCUCUCUGAAGACUAAGAUUAGUAGCCUUACGUCAGAGCUCGAGGAGGAACGUAGGGCUGCACGCCCGGGUCCGAAUCAAAGACCUUCGUCGAGUGCAAGUCAUAACUACGAGCCUUCAGAGCCACCAACCCCACGUAUAAACGGGAAGUCCUUGCCGAAUCCAGCAAGAUCCAUCGCUGGGUCGCCCCCACCAAGGACGUCAACGUGGGACUCAAUACAUGCGCCGAUGAAUAUGGCGCACACGACAUAUGUUAAGCCUCCGAUGAUGUAUAGCAAGAGAACGUCGUUGCACAACUCCCGAGCACCUUCGCCGACGCCUAGUACUGUGUCUGCCGUGACGCAGGGAGCGGACGGCUGGUAUUCAUAGGGAUUUUUGUCGUUUUAAUUAAUUCACCGCGCUUCUUUUCCUUCCGUUCUUCUCUCUCUCCUUACUACUUGAUAUCGACAAAGUCGGAGAAGGAAUCUAUGUUUCUUGUUGUUCCUUUCCUAAUAUCUUUCUUUCCCCGUCUGCGCAUUAUGGAUUUCCGGCUGCAUGUUUCUUCUCAUCAACGUUCCCCAUCAUUACAAACUUUACUGAUAUCCUCAUCUGUUGAUAUCCUGACUGUUCAUCAUUUUCUUCGUUUCACUGAUUUUUCAGGAGAUUCCGGAUACUGACCUGCGUAUCAUCCCCAGACGAUGCGCAAAGCCAUACUGUCGUUUUAAUUCUUUUACAGUCGUCUUUUAGUUCGCUUUCGUUGAUAGCAUUCCCCUCAUCUCUGUUAAC